AUGCCAGUGAGGCAGAUGAAAGAAAGCUCGGAGCAACACCUUGUGAUCAAACCCCAUUUGCAGAAUCCUAUGAAUCCAGUCAAGAAGACAACCAAAGCUGCCCAAAAUGGCAAAGGUCCACCGCCACUAGAAAACGAUAACCAAGCUUUGCCUCACUCAAAGAACAAGGGAAGAAGAAGGGGAAGAGGUGGCAGAAAGCCCGAUCAAGGAGAUGUUAUGAUGAGGCCUAGAUGCAGACCAUGCACAGCAGCACUUACUAGUAGUGCAAAUGGGAAUGUUGAAAAUGGUUGCACCUCUGAUAUGGGUUUUCCCGCUUCAAGCAAGACUUUGAGCUUUGCUCGUAGGCCUGGAUAUGGACAAGUUGGGACAAAAUGCAUUGUGAAGGCUAACCACUUCUUUGCAGAGUUACCAGACAAGGACUUGAACCAAUAUGAUGUUACUAUUACCCCAGAAGUGUCUUCUAAAACAGUAAACAGGUCUAUCAUAUCAGAACUAGUGAGGCUGUAUAAAGAGUCUGACUUGGGGAUGAGACUUCCAGCAUAUGAUGGCAGAAAAAGUCUGUACACGGCAGGGCAGCUUCCCUUUGCUUGGAGAGAGUUCAAGAUUAAGCUUGUAGAUGAAGAGGAUGGAGUUAAUGGCCCCAAAAGAGAAAGAGAGUACAGGGUGGUGAUCAAAUUUGUUGCUCGGGCAAACUUGCAUCACUUGGGCCAGUUUCUAGCUGGUAAGCGUGCUGAUGCACCCCAAGAGGCGCUUCAAAUCCUGGACAUUGUACUAAGAGAGCUGGCAACUAAGAGGUAUUGCCCAAUUGGAAGGUCCUUCUUUUCACCCGAUAUUACAACACCACAACGUCUUGGAGAGGGAUUAGAGUCGUGGUGUGGAUUUUACCAGAGCAUAAGGCCUACUCAAAUGGGCCUUUCCCUCAAUAUUGAUAUGGCAUCUGCUGCAUUUAUUGAGCCACUUCCAGUAGUGGAAUUUGUUGGGCAGCUAUUAGGGAAAGAUGUAAUGUCACGGCCAUUGUCAGAUGCUGAUCGCAUUAAGAUUAAGAAAGCACUUAGAGGAGUUAAAGUUGAAGUAACACAUAGAGGGAGUGUGAGAAGAAAAUAUCGUGUUUCAGGGUUGACUUCUCAACCAACAAGAGAACUUGUGUUUCCUGUUGAUGAGAACUCAACUAUGAAAUCAGUAGUUGAAUAUUUCCAAGAGAUGUAUGGCUUCACUAUUCAAUUUACUCACCUUCCUUGCCUUCAAGUAGGAAACCAAAAGAAGGCCAACUAUUUACCUAUGGAGGCCUGCAAAAUUGUUGAGGGGCAACGUUAUACAAAAAGAUUGAAUGAAAAGCAAAUUACUGCUCUGUUGAAAGUUACUUGCCAGAGACCUCGCGAUCGUGAAAAUGACAUUUUACGGACCAUUCAACAUAAUGCUUACGAUCAAGAUCCUUAUGCAAAGGAAUUUGGAAUUAAAAUCAGUGAAAAGCUAGCUUCUGUUGAAGCACGAAUUCUUCCAGCCCCUUGGCUUAAAUAUCACGAAAGUGGGAAAGAAAAGAACUGUUUACCCCAAGUUGGUCAGUGGAAUAUGAUGAACAAGAAAAUGAUUAAUGGAAUGACUGUUAGCCGGUGGGCAUGCAUAAAUUUUUCACGGAGCGUACAAGAUAGUGUUGCUCGUACUUUUUGUAAUGAGCUUGCUCAAAUGUGUCAAGUAUCUGGCAUGGAAUUUAAUCCAGAGCCUGUUAUCCCCAUCUACAAUGCCAAGCCUGAACAGGUUGAGAAAGCUUUGAAACAUGUUUACCAUGUGUCAGCGAGCAAAAAUAAAGGAAAAGAAUUGGAGCUUUUGUUAGCCAUAUUGCCGGACAACAACGGAUCUCUCUAUGGUGAUCUCAAGCGAAUUUGUGAAACUGACCUUGGCUUAAUUUCACAAUGCUGUCUGACUAAGCAUGUCUUCAAAAUUACUAAACAGUACCUGGCUAAUGUGUCUCUGAAGAUCAAUGUGAAGAUGGGAGGUAGAAAUACUGUACUUCUUGAUGCUGUGAGCUGCAGGAUACCGUUGGUCAGUGACAUACCAACCAUAAUUUUCGGAGCAGAUGUAACCCACCCAGAAAAUGGGGAAGACUCAAGCCCCUCAAUAGCAGCUGUAGUAGCAUCUCAGGACUGGCCUGAAGUAACAAAAUAUGCUGGUUUAGUGUGCGCUCAAGCUCAUAGGCAGGAACUUAUUCAAGACUUGUACAAAACUUGGCAUGACCCUGUUCGGGGAACAGUUAGUGGAGGCAUGAUUCGAGAUUUACUGGUUUCCUUUAGAAAGGCAACAGGGCAAAAGCCGCUACGAAUUAUAUUUUACAGGGAUGGUGUCAGUGAAGGGCAAUUUUACCAAGUUUUACUUUAUGAGUUGGAUGCGAUUCGGAAGGCAUGCGCUUCGUUAGAACCAAAUUACCAGCCUCCAGUAACUUUCAUAGUUGUGCAAAAACGACAUCAUACUCGGUUAUUCGCAAACAACUACAGGGAUAGAGGCAGUACAGAUAGGAGUGGGAAUAUAUUGCCUGGGACUGUUGUUGAUUCCAAAAUCUGCCAUCCAACAGAAUUUGAUUUUUAUCUCUGCAGUCAUGCCGGCAUCCAGGGUACUAGUCGGCCAGCUCAUUAUCAUGUUCUGUGGGAUGAAAAUAACUUCACAGCAGAUGGGAUUCAGUCAUUGACAAACAAUCUUUGUUAUACAUAUGCAAGGUGUACACGUUCAGUUUCUGUUGUUCCUCCAGCAUAUUAUGCGCAUUUAGCAGCCUUUCGAGCUCGUUUCUACAUGGAACCAGAUAUGCAAGAGAAUGGCUCUACAGGUGAUGGUAAUGGACAUAAUUCCAAAGGAACAAGAGCAAGUGGAGAUUAUAGUGUCAAGCCAUUGCCAGACUUGAAAGAAAAUGUGAAGAGAGUGAUGUUUUACUGUUAG